AUCUUGUGAUAUAAGACCAGAACAAUUAGGAAAUUUAAGCUAAUGUUCGCAAGUAUGAAGAUGGGUUUGGUGGUGGUGUUUUUGUUGGCAUUGGGUUCUGUGAGCUCUGUGAUUUGUGAGAAUGAUGAUGGGGUGGACAAGAAGUUUGAUGACAAUUUUAAUGUAAUGUGGGCAGAGGACCAUGUUAAGACCUCUGAAAAUGGUCAUGUAUGGCACCUCACUCUUGAUCAGAUAUCAGGAUCUGGGUUCCAGUCCAAACAUAAGUACAGGUUUGGAUGGUUCAGCAUGAAGCUUAAGCUUGUGCCAGGGGACUCUGCAGGCGUGGUUACUGCUUAUUAUAUGUCUUCUAAUAAUGACAUGAACAGAGAUGAGCUGGACUUUGAAUUCCUGGGCAAUAGAAGUGGACAGCCAUAUGCCUUGCAGACCAACAUCUAUGCUAAAGGUGUGGGUGGGAGAGAGCAGAGGCAUAUUCUCUGGUUUGAUCCCACUCAGGAAUUUCACACCUACUCCAUCCUCUGGAACUCUCAUCAGAUAGUGUUUUUUGUGGACCAAAUUCCAGUGAGAGUGCACAGGCACACCAAGGCAACAACCCAUGUGUUUCCCAGGGAGCAGGGGAUGUACAUGUUUUCAAGCAUUUGGAAUGCAGAUGACUGGGCUACCAGAGGUGGAUUGGAGAAAACAAACUGGGCAGCAGCUCCUUUUGUUUCUUCUUACAAGAAAUUUCAUGAUCUGGGCUGCAAAUGGGAGGAUUCAUUUCCUGCCUGUGUUGCCACCAGUACUGAUAAAUGGUGGGAUGAGCCAGUUGCAUGGAGCUUGAAUGAGAAGCAGAAGGAAGAUUACAGAUGGGUGAAGAGUAAAUUCAUGGCGUAUGAUUACUGCUCUGAUAAAUCUCGCUUCUCCACACAGCCUGUUGAAUGCACUGUUGCUCCCUGGGACUAAACUGAGAUCUUAGAUAAAUGAGUUCAUUUUAUGCUUAUCUUCUUUGCCUGGAAAAUAUGCAGACAGCUGCUAUAGUCUCUCUGCAAAUCACUUAGGCUCUGCUGUAUGUAUCAUAGAAGUUUAAUUUACUUAUGAUUCAUCACCAUUACCAAAA